AUGUCUGGCGGCGUUGGUAAUGGUGCUGGUGUGGCAGUACCGGCAUCUGAUAAAGAUCAAGAUCCACUCGGAGCGAGUGGUGGGGAUGAACCGAGUGAAGGUCACAUGAAUGCAGCAGACAUGGCUGCCUUUCGACGCUUCCAGAGGUUUUUGAGGACAGAAGAGGCGACGGGUUCGCCACCGGCACAUCGUGGAAGACGACGACGUCGCGACGACGAUGAGGACGAAGAGGAGGAAGGGCGUGCACCUUUUGAGCACUACAAGCACCUUGCCAAGGAUGCAGCAUGGUUGGCAGAUUCCAGAAAUGCAGAACUUCUUCGGGAAGAUAUGAACCGUCCAGAAAACUAUGGUGAUGACAGGCAAGAACACCUUCUUACCUCUCUCUCUCGGGUAACCUACCAUUUGCGUAGGGGAAAAACCGAGACAUGGCGCGAAUUCUUCGCGCGGUGGGAUACCGCACUGCGGAAGAUCUCCGAGCACAAGGUGGUCUUGCCCGAGGAUUACCAGGGAUUUCUUUUAAUCAACGGCUUGCAGCUGUCAGAGGCCGAAACACGGGCCAUGUUGGACUUCACUCAUGGAUGUAUUCGACCUACAUCGGUGAAGGAAUGGUUGCGGAAGAAUGAGACAAAACUAUCUGCAGCUGAACUUGGUGCUGAUCGGAAGAAACCCAAUGGAGUGAUGCUCACCGAGACGCUGGACGAUGGAGAUGAUCUGGAAGAGAACGAGGUUGACGAGGAGAUUAACGAGUUGGAGGCCUAUUUGGUGGACUACCAGCAGAACCAGGAGAUGGAUCCCGAGGAGAUUCUCGACGAGAACGAAGCGGCGGAAAUCCUGGCGACAGUCCUCCAACAGAAGCGCUCCUACAAGCAGGCUCUGAAACUUCGGAAGGAGAAGGAACUCAGCCGAGGCUAUGGAAAGGGUUCCAAUGUACCUUUCUCAGGAGGAAAGGGUCGAGGGAAGCACAGUGGCUCCAAUCGUUACAAUGUCUCCAUCGAGGAGGUACGAAAACGAACCAGAUGUUGGAACUGCAAUCAAGUUGGACAUCGAGCUGCUGAAUGUGUUCAGCCUGCAAAGCGUGAGAGCAAUGACGGGAACAAGGUGAAUGCAGCCCAUCACUUGGAAAAGUUGGCGGACACGAACGAAGCCUUCUUCGUCGGUAGCCUGACCCUUGAGCCAGACUUGACAACACCUGUAAAUAGCCAGGUAGAUUUUGCAUCUGAGCCCAAUAGCUGGCUUCAGGACAUUGCACAGUCCGAGAUUUGUGAGGAUUACAAGGUACGAUUUUACGACCUGCAGUUUUUGAAGGCAAAGCAAGUGAACCUCCUUCAACGCAGCCCGGCAGAAGCUGAUGGCCCUGGUGAUCCCAUGAACUACUACCUCGAGAACAUGAUGCAGGCGUCCAACAACAACCGGCGCCUCGUCAAGAAGAUGGUCAACAGCCUGAACAUGGAGGACUUGAUCUUCAUGCGCGAGUUGGUGAAUGCCCAGAUCCACAAGAUGCAGUUGGAGUACGACGAGGAGGACAGCGGAAGCUUCUCUCUGGUUCCUUCGACAUCGGGGAAACGCCCAGAAAGUCCACCACCGAGCCGCGGCUAUCGCCAGAGAUCCAGUGCGUCUUCGGCAGCACCUACGGAAGUCAGUGUGACAACACAGAAGAGAGGCGAAGCCAAGGUGGGGGAUGUCCAUGGCCUGGAGGUGAUCUACGGAGACAACCCGUCAUGCCAUUGUGGUCUGAUGGGACGACUUCACCUGGCACAGACGGAGGGUCCGAACUUCGACCGGACUUUCUACCGGUGCCCACGCCCAAUCGGGAACCAAUGCCGAUUCUUCAUGUGGACGACACAACAGCCGUUCCACGACGUGACCAGCUGGAAGUACCAGGAUCAAGGCCAAGGCAGGACACCUCCUGCAGAAGCUCUUCAGCUGAUGGUUCAGGAGAAGUGCACUCAUCCCAAAAAGACACGUCAAGGAACAAAUGGCCUGGAGGAACGCAAGACCUGCAAGAUCUGCCGCAAGAUCCUCAAGCAGGAGCCCAAGCACGGAGUCGGGUCCAAGGCCAAGAACAACCAAUCCGGGACUUCAUCAACGGCAUCAGCAGAGGAGAUGCUCGAGUUCCAGAAGUUUCUGACGUGGCGCAGGGGAGGCGAGAAGUGA